AUGUCUAAAUUUUCAUUCGUCCAUUUCAUUCUCCUUGUUCUUAUUUUCUCAGUUUACGCACAAAAGAGAUGCCGAGAGUUAUUGUAUCCAAGCAAUUGCACGUUAUUGGAUUGCGGGGAGAAGUGCUUUAACAAACACCAUGACCAAGGACAUACAUGCAUUGCCAAUCCUGCAGGCACUGACUAUGCCUGUUACUGCAUCUAUAACUGUUGA